ACCUGUCGCGUGUGUACUGAGCGGAACUACAAUUCCCAGCAGUCCCCGUGCUUUCGCGGUCGGCAAGAUGGUGGCACGCAGGAGGAAACGCGGCCCCCGCGGCUCCAGGGAAAGUCUCCCGAGCCCGCCCGGCUACUCAGCUAUUCCAGUCAAAUUCUCAGAAAAGCAACUGGCUUCUCAUUACCUUUAUGUGAGAGAGCACAGAGUUCGAGAAGGCACCCAGUCUGUGUGGCCUCAGAAGCACACCCUUUUUGUCCUGAAUGUGCCUCCAUACUGCACAGAGGAGUGCCUGUCAAGGUUGCUGGCCCCCUGUGGCAACAUCAAGUCUGUGGAGUUGCAGAAGAAGCCAGACCUUGCUGAGGGCUCCAGGGAGCCAAAGUCGAAGUUUUUUCACCCCAAGCCAGUGCCGGGCUUCCAGGUGGCCUACGUGGUGUUCCAGAAGCCAAGUGGAGUGUCGGCCGCCUUGACCCUGAAGGGCCCUCUGCUGGUCUCCACAGACAGCCACCCCAUGAAGAGCGGCGUGCACAAGUGGAUCAGUGACUAUGAAGAGUCUGUGUUUGAUCCUGAGGCCCUGAGGGUGGAGGUGGACACAUUCAUGGAGGCCUACGACCAGAAGAUAGCUGAGGAAGAGACCAAGGCCAAGGAGGAGGAAGGAGUCCCUGACGAAGAGGGCUGGGUGAAGGUGACCCGCCGGGGCCGGCGACCUGUGCUACCUCGGACAGAGGCAGCCAGCCUGCGUGUUCUGGAGAGAGAGAAACGGAAGCGGGCCCGCAAGGAGCUGCUCAACUUCUAUGCCUGGCAGCACCGAGAGACCAAGAUGGAGCACCUGGCACAGCUGCGCAAGAAGUUCGAGGAGGACAAGCAGAGGAUUGAACUGAUGCGGGCUCAGCGCAAAUUCCGACCCUAUUGAGCUCUUCUGACCAUAGUCAGCAGGCUUCGAGAACACAAGGACGGCUAGGCCUGUUCCCUCAGAGACUCUGCUCUGGGGGAACAGAUAGCUCCAUCUCUGAGUCCACAUGAGCUAGAAAUGAAGAGCAGGGAAUCCUACAGGAGGACCUGG